UCUAUUCAAUUUUGACAUUAUUAACUUAGCAGAAUCGGGCUCCAGUUUUGUAACUUUAUCUUUUACAUAUAAUACAGUACGAUGUCGUUGUUCACGUUGAACACAUGAGUUUAGAAUUUAUUAUUUAUUCAGUGUAAAAUUAUUGUAGCUAUAAUGUUUUGUAAAAGUGUAAUUUCUAUAUUGGUGUAUGUUUCACUGGUGGUGUGUACGUUCGAUAAUAUUGAAGGGGAGCCAUGUUACACGGAGAAGGGAGUUGGCAAAUGUGUUAGCAUCUACAAGUGCCUAUCUACAGUUAUAGAUAUUAAAAAUAAACAAUAUCCAAAGAUAUGUUCAUUCAAAGGAAAGGAACCAGUUGUCUGUUGUAUGGAUUGUAAGCUAGUCAAUGACACCAGAAAUGCCAUAGUUGAUAAUCAAGGAGGAAUUUUCUUCAAGACUGGUCAAAAGGCAAGAGAUAAAUGUCUAGAGUACCUGACAAAAUUACCGUAUUCAUGUGAAACCAGAGGUCUGGAGCGGUUCUGGGACACGCAGGGAAACUGCUACUUCUUCGAGACAAGGUCCCACACUGUUGCCAUUGCGGGGAACAAUGUUGAAAUGUACCGGUACCCUCAUAUGGCGUUGCUAGGGUUCGGAGAAGAUGCAGGGUCAGCGCUGUGGCUGUGUGGAGGCUCCCUCAUCAGUGAGACCUUCAUACUGACUGCAGCGCAUUGCAUAUCGUCAGACUAUCUAGGUCCAAUCCGCUUCGCAGCCCUGGGCCUACUGAAGAGGUCUGACCCUCCGGAGCGGUGGCAGGUAUUCAACAUCAGCCGGGUCAUACCACACCCAGACUUUGCGCCGCCAUCAAAAUACCACGACAUAGCAUUAUUGGAGAUUUCUAAACCAGUAACAUUCAGUAAGGAAGUGUUCCCGGCGUGUCUGGACGUCGGUGGGCAGCAGCAGUCACGCGCCUCCGCUACCGGGUGGGGCAAGCUCGGCAAGAACAGACCCUUGGCUGAUAACUUGCAAGAGGUGAAUCUAUACGAGUUUUCAGCGGCGGAGUGCUCUCACAACUUCCCUCCGCAUCGGCUGCUGAAGCGAGGGUACAUGCACAACAUACAGAUGUGCUACGGAGGCGACACCACGACUGAGGCCAGGGACACUUGUGAGGGUGACAGCGGCGGUCCCCUGCAGGUGACGUCGCGCAUAUCAGCGUGCCUGCGCACGAUCAUCGGCGUGACGUCGCACGGGCGCGGCUGCGGGCUCGCGGGCUCCGCCGGCGUGUACACGCGCGUCACGCGCUACGUGCCCUGGAUACAGCAUGUAGUGUGGCGUAGUUAUACAUAAUAAACACGACUUUACCCUA